AUGGCGUCCGUACAUGGCCAUAGGGAUAACAUCGCUGAAACUGUGCCAAACUGUGAAUGUGAUGAUGUCCGCCAUGCACGGUCAUGGCCACCCUGGGACACUGCCCUUCGCCUGUACGACGAAUUCGUUAUGCAAACGGCGCUGGAACCCCUGAGCAGAUCCAUCGAAAUUUGCGAAGCACUUCUUUUAGACAGGUCUAUUCUCGUCAGUGCACCCUGUCCGGACGAUCGCCUCCCACACUCCGACGCAUCCAACGCCAGGCUUCCUCCGUCGAGCCUCAAACGGCACCAUGUUCUCAUCCAGCUCUCGCUUGCAAUUCGCAGGAGAUACCAAUUCACGGGUGUUAAGAAUGACCUAGAGCAGGCCAUGCGCUACGGGAGAGAUUCUCUUGACCUAUCCCAAGCCGAGGGCAUAUUUUGUCCUACCGUUUGGACGAUCUAUGCCGAAUUACUCCGGCUAAACGCAGACGACUGCGGCUUGUCGGACGACAGAGAUGCCGCCGAGCGCAUGUCCCGAACCACGCUUCAACGUUGCCCUGCUGGCCACCCCUUGCGCCCUCCUGCCUUCCGAACUCUUGCCAUAAUCCUUGUCCGUCGUUAUGCAAUGACGAGACAAUCCGUCUUUAUCGAAGAAUCCACUAGGUGCCUGGAAGAGGCCCUGGGGCAGAUCCCUGCAACGUCACUCAACCUGGCCGACUACCUCGGCAUGCUUGGUUUCGCCUUGUCCUUCCACUGGGAGGGGUGUAGGGACAUUGGUAUGCUCGAGGAUGCCAUCCGGCUGGGUAAAAGGGCGAUAGCUCUCUUGCCGCCUCGUCACUUCGAGCGUGGAUUCAUCGAGCAGAGGCUCAGCGCGCAGAUGUUGGAUCGUUUCCAUUGCACGGGUGACCCUGAAGAUUUGGAAGAAGCGCAUAGCAUCGCAAAGGCCGCCCUAGAACACGCAGUCCCUGGCCGCCGUGUCUAUCGUCUGACAUCUCUCAUCAACGUCCUGAUGGCCAGCUUUUCGCAUGCUCUCGGCACCGACCAGGAUUUGGACGAGUUGAUAAGGACCAACGAGGAAGCUAUCCGUAUAUGCCCACCCAAACAUGACAUGCACCCCGGCGUUCUCAACAACAUGGCUACUGCUUGCAAAAUUCGGUUCGAGCGUCACGGAUUACCUGCGGAUUUGGAGAAGUCAAUUGAGCUUCACCGCGAACUGCUCGAACUAUUGCCAACGAGCCACCCCAGACGUUGCAUUUCGCAGCAUAACCUCGCGAACACGCUAUGUCUGCACUUCCAAGAGACGGGCAUCAUCGAGAGUCUCAACGAGGCCAUCUCAUUGUAUCGCCAAAUCUCCCAAGCCCGCUCGCCAAAGCAUCACCCGCUUGACCCGGCAGAUCUGGCUAACGCGCUUUGUCUGCGAUACCAGACGUUGCAUCACGCCGAAGAUCUUGAGGAAGCUGUCAAACUUGGCGAGGACUCCGUGGCCUAUGUCACCGCCAACAUUCGCGAGAAGGUCGAGGUUGCAUGCACGUUAGCGGACGCUCUCCUUCGGCGGGGAAAGCACAACCAGAGCUUGUGUGACGUCGAGCACGCACUUCGAAUCCUCGAAGAAACUGAAGCUGCGGAUCCCUUGUAUGCGAGCAAAAACCCCUCGUUCAUGCACAUUCUAGCAUUGACCUACGACGCCCUGUAUCACCAUACUCGACAACGCGACGAUGCCGGGAAGGCAGUCAGAAUCAUGCAGCAGUCGCUUUCACUGCUACCUGUCGGUCGGCGCGAUCGCUCCCGCUACCUCUUGGACAUCGCUGAGCUGCAUCUCGCCGAGAACAACCCAGAUUGCAAUCCUGCGCUCGCCUUGGACUAUAUUUAUCAAGGGAUCACGGAAGACCAUCAAGACGUGAGGCCCCGGCUAUUGCAAGCAGUCAGGCUUCUCCAACUUAUCGAAAUCCAUCACCUCCCCGUAUUUCUUACGGACGUAUCGUUACGGGCACAGCUCGUGGGUGUGUAUGCUACUGUGGUUGGCAUGCUACCUCGGGUUGCCUUCCUUGGCGUCGACCUCCCUUCUCGCUUGCAAGCCCUCGGAAUAGGACGGAACAUCGCCAUCACAGGUGCCGCUCACGCCUUGGCGAUAUCCCGGCCAGAAACGGCGCUGGAGAUUCUCGAACAGGGACGUGCUAUAUACUGGACUCAGGUCCUUCGCUUGCGCUCUCCUUUCGACUCCGUCCCGGUACACCUUCGCCAGCGCCUGCUGACCCUUGCGCGGCAACUCGAGCACAGCGACGACCCAUCCGUUGAUAGCGUCUCGGAUCGACGCGUCAUAGAGAGGCAGAGCUCUCGCCGGAGGCAACAGAGCGACGAGUUUAACUUAUUGCUCAAGCAAAUCCGGGCCAUGCCUGGCCUCGGACUAGAGCGGUUCAUGAUGCACGACGAAUUUUCCUCGCUCGCGCUGGCAGCGGAGAAGGGACCUGUUGUCGUUUUGGUUUCCAGCGCAUCCGGGUGUUAUGCCGUCGUCAUGAAGUCGCCCCAGAGUUCCCCGAUUACUCUUCACCUAUCUGGCGUUGCGGACGAGUGGCUUCAGGACGCUAGCGACGAGAUAUCGGACGCCGUCAUGGCGAAAAGUCUUUCCUCUGCUCGCUUGAAGCUCGUCAAGGUCCCGAAAACCUCGGGCUCGCGGGUUGAAUCGAGCAGAAUAUACGGCAUUCUGACUGUCCUAUGGGAGCGCGUUGUGAGCCCGGUAUUCCGAGCCUUGAAUUUGAAGCCAGCCGUCGGUCGAGAUCGGCCUCGCCUGUGGUGGUGUCCUACGGGACAUUUUACGCAUCUGCCUGUUCAUGCUGCCACUACCGAUCGCGAGUCGUCCAUGGACUACGUUGUGUCUUCCUACACGCCGACGCUAGGAGCGCUCAUCAAUGCUCGGCGAUCCUACGAGGCCGUCGCGAGGUCUACAACCAAAAUGUUGCUUGCCGCCGUACCACGUCCAUUCACCUAUGACUGGAUCGACUUGCCGCAUACGAUAAAUGAAAUCAGGAGGGUCGCGAGUUCGCUGCCUUUUCGGACGCGCAUCACGAUCCCUCAAGAAGAUGAUGCAAUGUUCGGGGAGGAGAACGGCAUGACGGCGCAGAUGCUCUUGGACAAACUUCCAGAAGCGACACUACUUCACCUUGCCUGCCACGGUCGUCAAGAUGCUGAAUGCCCGCUCAAUAGCGGCUUCGUCAUGCGAGAUAAGCUGCUCACUAUCGAGGAACUCGUGCCCAUUCCGCUGCCACGAGCGUUCCUCGCAUUCCUGAGCGCGUGUGAAACGGCGAAAGGCGACAAGAAUCAACCAGAUCAAACGAUUCAUCUGGCUGCUGCCAUGCUCUUCGCAGGAUUCAAAAGCGUCAUCGCGACGUUAUGGUCCAUGGAGGACGUGGACGGGCCAAUGGUAGCGGAGUCGGUGUACAAGGAAAUAUUCGACGGGGACUCCGAGUACAUUCACCCGGAUACGGUACCGUAUGCGCUUGACACCGCGGUUCAACGACUUCGACAGGAACAUCCAGACCCGAACCGGUGGGCGCCUUACAUCCACCUGGGUAUGUGA